CAGCUCGGCACGAACAGUAAAAAUUCCUCUGGAAGUAUUAUAAAUGUUUCAGUCGGCUUAUCGCUCUGCUACGCGCGAGUGAACGCAAACCAAGACUUCUUCGAUUGAUUCAUAUUUUCAAGGCGAAAUUGCAUCGCUGUAAACUACACGAGUCAAAAAGGCGGCCAGAAUUGUCAAACUAGUGUGUUCGUAGCGGACAGAUUACUCGGCUCGUCCAGACGCCAUGGGUAACGAGCCUAGUGCGCCAUUGUCUGCUGUGCGUUCACCGGGGCACGGCCCGCGUACAUGACAGAGUUUUGCUUACGGAUCGACUUGAGCUUCCGCUGUGAGAUGAUCAUGCCAAUGGCGGUCAUCACAAUCGUGAAAAUCGUCGUCACUGCCGCGACGACAAUCCAAUUUGUCGGACUGAGACCAACAAAGACCUUAUCCCCGCCACUAUCAACGCUAGUGGUUGCCGCAGCUCCGGCCGAUGCACCCGUAGGGAUGACGGGGAAAAUGUUUAGACCGCAGUUCACCUUGGAGUCUGCUACAAGCUUCAUGAAGCCGCUAGCUCCCCAUGAGCUGCCAUACGAAUUUUUGAGGAUCCAGUAGUCUCCCACCGAGGCGUCAGUACCGUAGCCUACGAGCACAAGCGCGUGAUUCACAUCGUCCUUCGAAGACAGAUCGCCGUCGUUUGGACAGCUGUAAAAGCCGCCAGCGUAUUCACCAAAAGGGUCCUCCGAGUUUAUUGCCACAGCAAUCGGCUGCUUCUCCAACGCGGUGCGGAGCAAGGUCGUGCAGUUGUUCGAAGCCGUGCAGUCCGUGCCCACAACCUGUUCCCAGCCUGUAAUACUGGCAGCCGUCUCAUUAUCACUCACAGUGCACGUCGAUGACACAUUAUUCGAAGACGUGCUACCCGAGCUGGAGUCGUCGUACGGCAUUGUAAGCUCGGUCACAAGCCCCCACCCAUUCUGUGCCGCGUCAAUGAAGGCGCCGUGAGUCAUGCCACCAUUGCAGCCAUUAUUCUGUGAUUCCCAUUUUAUCUCGGUCUCCAUCCAGCUGGCACCGUCCACGCCGCUGUCUGAAGCCCAGCAGUAGUCGAAGGUCUGUGUCGUCUCCAACGUACUGCACGUUAGAAAUUGCUGCGGAGAGAGCGACACAGCCGCUGACGCGUUCUCGGCGAUGACGACGGCCGUCUCAAUGGCAUCGGCCGCAGCGAAAGCCCAGCAACUGCCGCAGUUUUGCUGACUCUUGACGGAGGAGCACACACUGUAGCCGAACGAGUUGUCUGUGUCACACCAGUUCCAGUACUCGGAGCUACCGGAGCUCGACACCGUGCUAGUGGUGGAGGCUGUACUGCCGCUGGCCUCCGCCUUGAGGCGACGUGAGUGUGCCGACUUGACCUCCUGAUCCACAAGCCCCUGAGGAGAGAGGCGACGCUUGGGGGACGACGUCAAGUGGCGUUCGUUCACACCCAUGUGGUACGAGAACUCGUGGCCCACGCUCUUGGCGUACAUGUGCACGUCCUCGAUGUACGUCAUGUGCGCCUGCAGGUUGCGGGUGAGGCCGUCGCGCUCGCUGAAUGACACGAGGUUGCGCUGGACGAGGAGGUCGCGUAGGGUCUUCGAGUCGACGAUCUCUCCGUUCUGACCGGCCCAGAGGCAUGGAGAUCCGUCUGAGCGCACAGAAGGGCAGUCUACGAAAGCACCAAGAGAGCGGUCUGUCCGAGCGGCCGAAGCGGAGGCGACGGCCGUGGAUAGCGCGAUGAGGGCUUGCACGCGCAUGGAGGCGGACAGAUGAGCUUUGAGGCCGCGAAUGCUGUCUCUUUGCGAGUUGGACACUUGAAAAAGCACUUUUUAUAAUAUUCUGCUGAGAACGGGCAAGUAAAAAGCACUUUUCUAAAAAAGGUUAACUCGUCAAGAAAACUGAAGAAUACCAACCAUGACUCAUGCAUGUGGGUAUUCUUCUUCAGCUGAGAGCAUUGCAAGCUUGUUGAGUCACACGGGCAAGCGAGACACGUAGGAAUCACAAAAAUCCAGAUUGCAGUCUCCGUUGGACAUCUUGUAUACAUUCUCCGAUCGAGACUUGGUUACUUGUUUGCGCUGCAACAGCAGAUACUCCAGCGGGUAUUCUCCGUUAGUGGUGGCGCUCGACUAAGGUGAUAAUGUCAUGGUGUCUGCCUAUCGAUGCUCGCCGAGAAUUUGUGAGGUUGGUGCAGGUGACCGGUGGUGAGGCUUGCAACAAGAUCGAUGUACUCUAACGGCGGAAAGACACGACAUCUCGAGCAGGCCGGUUUGGUCAGGGAUUUCCAAGGUUGUAGCGCCACCAGGAGCGCCGCUAUUGUCGUCGCAAACUUCCACAACUUUGAUCCAGCGCUCGCCAGUGACACGGCAGAAUCUGCUCACCACAGUGAUGGUGCAACUAGUAUCAGCUCGUUCAGCUGUUGCUGAUGACUACUCGUAUCCUUUGGCCUUACAGAUAGCAGAUGCUCCAUUGCCAUCUUGGCAGUCGCUCCAGCGGCCUUCACCCUAGCAGAAUGGAUGGACAUUUAGACAGCAGCGUGCUAUGCUAUUAGACGUCGCCUUGCGAGGCCGUCACGUCAGCGCAGCGUCCACGACAACGAGCUUCGCUUCGUGCGACGCUCUCGUCUUCCGAACGGUCCUGGGUGGUUUUCCGUUUGAUGAGUCCCUGCAGCGAAACAAAGCUUUCAAAGACGAUGAAUCUCGAUGCAUGAUUCAAAUUUCGCAGCAGAUGCGGGCAACAAAGCCAAGCCCAUUUCGCUGCACUUCCGCCGGUGCUUGGCCGUUAAACUGGGCGUUUGCAAGCCAACACCUCGUGGUUUGGCAGCGGGCAAAGACGGUCAAAGAGCAGCAGACCUGAUGUGCAGGCGUUGACGGCCCCUGACACUUCAGUUGGUCUACGUCAUUCUCCGAUUCGCAGCCUUCUCGAGUCCCACUACGAGCUACUACCGGUAGCACUUCCAGACCCUUGUUCUAGAGUCUAGAAUCUAGACAUGGCUACUCAAGCAGGCGUGAAGGACGAGGCUCCGCUCAAGGUGAAGACGGUGAUCGAGCCGCAGUGGACGCGCUUCCUCGCCGGCGGCGCAGCGUCGGCUACCGCCGAGCUGCUCACUCUGCCCAUUGACAUCACCAAGGUGCGAUUGCAGGCGCAGCGUUCUGGAUCCAUGGCGGGCAGCAAGCCGGCGGUACACUACAACGGCAUGCUCCACGCUGCACAGACGAUGAUCAAGGAAGAGGGCCCUGGUGCGCUCUGGAAUGGUGCCACCCCCGCGCUACUGCGUCAAGUCUCAUACACGAGCAUCUGUAUGGUGCUCUACGAACCGCUGCGUAACUUCUUUGGAGCCAACUCGGCUCAAGGUGCGAAUGGUGAAGUGCCCUUCAUUAAUAAGUUCCUGGCCGGCGGUUGCGCCGGCGCCAUCGGCAUUAGCAUCGCCAACCCCGUGGAUGUCAUUAAGGUUCGGAUGCAGGCGGAUCGAUCGGGCAAGCUGUACCGAGGAGUCGGUGACGCGUUCAGCAUGAUCUACCAGCGGGAGGGUUUCCGCGGAUUCUUGCGUGGUAUGCCACCAAACAUUCAGCGCGGCUUCGUUGUGAACGCUGCUGAACUGGGCACGUAUGACCACAGUAAGGAGCUGCUAAUUUCGUCUGGACUGCUUAAGGAAGGCGUUCUCGCACACACUGGCGCGAGUUGCGUUGCUGGUUUCGCCGGUGCUGCCGCGUCCAACCCGAUCGACGUGGUGAAGACGCGCCUCAUGAGCCAGCCGACAGAUGCGAGCGGCAAGGGGCUUCACUACAAGGGCAUGAUGGACUGUGUGCGGAAGACUUUCCAAGAGGGUGGUGCGAGCGCAUUCUACAAGGGCUUCAUCCCUAACUGGAUGCGUAAGGCACCCUGGUGCGUUGUCUUCUUCGUCACGUACGAGAAGUACCGUGCCGCGUUGAUUCCGAGCGAAGAGGAGCUGUAAAUAGUUAAGUAGACUGCCCGCAAGUGCUGCUGGGUCGAGGAUAGCCAACCUAGGUACAUUUCAACAAGGAUAACGCUUAGAGUGAUCUUGCUUUUGAAUGGUUAUUUGCUCGCUAC